UUUCUACACAUAUACAUUUGUUCAGUUCUCAGUUGUUUUUAUUGUAUGCAUGCAAUUAAAUGCAUUCAAAUGCAAAAGAGCGUAUCUUCUCCCUUUCAGCAAUAAAUAUGGUGUGGUUUCCAGCAAGGUAUGACUGAAAGGGAUUUCAUAUGGAAAACAAAGAACGAAGCUGGCAAUAUCCUUAAAUAUAAUUCUGCAGAGAAUAAGGAGAUGUCCGAUUUCAUCAUUGAAUUCGUAAAAGGUCAAUAUCCUGACGAAGUGGAGGGGGUUGUAAGAGAAGAAAUAAAGACAAAUUUUGAAUCGUUCAAAGCAAAGAAACGAAGAGAAGAGACUGGUAAACAAGAAGAACAUAACAAGAAAAUGGCUGUGUACAGCAGAUUGAAAAGAAAAUUAAACAACAGAAAAAAGGCAUUAAAAGAAAAAUCCAGCAUGCCAAAAGAACAAAAAGAAACAGUUACUAGUAUGCAAAGUAUGGAGAUACAGUAUAUGUCUUCUGAACAAACCGAUUCAGAACUGAGACGAAGGGUCGAUUAUCGUCACACUUCUGCCUUGGAGGUCUGACGACUUUGACAAAUUAGUCAAAAAACCUAGACCAGAAACACGAAAAUAAACUGAGCAAGAGAAGCAGACGACAGAAUAAUAUUCGAAAGGUUGGGGCAGUUUCUUUAAGGAAAAAACCAGAAGUCGUGCCAGGACAUGAAUGGGUGUUUAGAUAGUAAAAAUCAUUGAUUAAACUGUAUAUUGUUUAGGUAUGCAGUAAUUGCUACAUGUAAUUGUUAUUAAUUUUUACAUAAUUAAAUGUCCAAAGCUACAAAAACAAAGAAAAUCGCUGGUAAUUUUCAAUUAUUAUGUUAACAUAUUUCAGUCUUCACGAAAUGAAAUGGAUGCGAACAAUUAUACAAAAAAUACACCCUCAUGUCAGCAUACCGUCUUCAACAACAACAAGCGGAUCGUAGGAGGAUGUUUUGAUACAAAUAGUUAAUUAAAAGUGCUUCUUGAAACAACAAUACUGUAGUAAUAGGCAAAAUUAUAAAUAACAUGUCAUUGGCAAAACAAAAUUAUAACCUUUUUGAUUUGAAACCUAACAUCACGGAAAAUAUAUGUAAACAAUGAUUAUUUUAUUGAAUUUUCUCCGUUGUUUUUGUUCAAUAUAUGAUGUGCUCCUGCGUAAACAAGUAGUUUAUUUUAUUUGCACACACACAGUAGUAAAUUGUUUAAGACAAAAUGGAAAUUCUUCGAAAUAGUGAGAAACUUCGGAUAAAUUAAAUUUCAAUAUGUUUUAAUGUUUCUUUUGUGUGUGAUUAUACAAUAUAUGAAAUAGCCAUGUAGUAGUAAUAAAAGUGAAUCUGCUAUCCUGAUGUAAGCAAUUAUACAAUGCAUGUAGACAACAGCUGGUUUUACAUUAAAAAUCCUUGUCUUUGUGAAACUCUUCAUUGUGUAUUUUGCUCAUUGGUGUCCAAGCAAGCAUAAUCAAAUAUAAUAUUUUAAACACAUACACACGUACGUAACUAGGGACUUAUAAUAUUAUGGGAUUCGUUAUACCAAUUGAACAAUGAAAGGGAAACAACUCUUGUUAGAAUAAGAA